GCCGAGGUAUUUUACUUCAACGAGUUUCAAUAUCUGCUUCUGAAGACCUUUGUUCUCAUUUUAUUGUUUACUUUGUUAUUGAUUGUCAUUUCUUGGCGUGUUUAUGGCAAACGGAUUUCUGAGCGGUUUAUGAAACCAGGCACAGAAUCUUAGUCUGCAUGAAGGUAGAGGUCCCAAUCCCUGUCAGCAUUACACCAACAUUAGUUAAGCCACAUUGGACACAAUAGAACAGCUGAAGGAAAGUGUUUCAAAGCUAAAACUGCCUAAAGAGCACACACCAAGGAUUUAAAAUGGCGGACAAAAUUAUCAAUUUUUUUAAAAAGAAAAAAUCUGAUGUCCAGUUCAAGCGGGCUGGACCUGGGCAUAAGCUAAGUGAGGCUACAUUAAGCAGUCAGAGCUCAACAUCGGUGAAAAAUGAGCAGCCAGUUCGGAGGGCAGGGUUGUCAGCGGAAAGUAAGACUGCCGCUGAGGCUGCGCUGGCCAGGAUGCAGAAGAAGAGCACUAACCCUGGGUUUAACACAUCUUAUGCUGCUAUACAGGCACAAGUUAAGAAGGAACUUGAGAACGAAAGGGCAACAACUUCCAAGCCUCAGGAACUCAAACCGGACAGCGAAGCUCCGAAACAGAGUGCCGAGGAGCUGAUGUUACCUAAAAAUAUGGCCACUAACGGAGUGUUCUUCAAAUGUCCCAUGAUUAACGAUGAGGUUUUAACUAAACAAGAAUGGAAGGCGAAAAUAAAAACGUUUUUGUAUGAACAACUAGAAGAAGAGAGAGGGCUGACAGCCUGUCUCAUUAUACAGUCCUGUAAUGAUAACAGAGAGAAGGUAAAUACUUGCGUGGAGACGCUGUGCAAGUACCUAGAAAACAUAGUCACUUAUCCAGAAGAUGAGAAGUACCAAAAGAUCAGAAUGUCAAAUAGAGCGUUCACAGACCGCGUGCAACCUAUAGAGGGCUCUAUGGACCUGCUGAUGGCAGCUGGGUUUGUCCAACAGACUUUACCCAACCCGGACGGUCAGGACGAACAGUACUUAGUGUUCAAUAAGGACAAUGUGCCUAGCGUCGAGAGCUUGAUAACCCUAAUAGAAGCGCUCCGUUCAGCCGAGCCUAUACCUCUAGAACUAGACCGAGGCUUGCAAGUCCUUCUACCGUCUCAGGCCGUCACCAAGGUGCAGCUCCCGCCUUCCUUCUACGCGCUCAAACCUGAGGACAUCAAGCGAGAACAACAACUCAGGGCCGAUGCCAUUGAGAAGAUGCAGAUGCUGCGCACAAAGGCGAUGCGUGAGAAGGACGAACUGAGAGAGCUUCGCAAAUACAAGUUCGCCAUCAUCCGGGUUCGAUUCCCAGACGGGAUACUCUUGCAGGGCACAUUCUCCGUCUACGAACACUACACAGAAAUCCACGACUUCGUCCAACAAAACCUAGAAUACGAUCUGCCCUUCAUCCUCAACACGCCCACCGGCCACAAAUUGACCCUCGAGGAGGACGCGACCAAGACCCUUAUCGACCUUCGACUGGUACCGGCCACAGUGCUCACUUUCGCGUGGCACCCGUCGGUGAUAGACCAGAUUAAUACUAGUCCUAAUAAGGAUGUGUAUUUGAAGCCUGAGGUUAUGGUUCUGGUUAGUGAGAUUUGAUUGUGAUAUUGAUAUGAAUGUAAACGCUUAGGUACGAAGAACAAAUGGCUAGAUAUGUACACACAUUCCCUACACCCGCGUAUUAAGGUAGUGUGUAGAUAUAUUUGGAUCUUUAUCCGAGUCCAUAUUUAAUAAACUUGGCAGUAUAUUUCAGGACAAUGUUUUUAAAAUAAAGUGAAGUCUAUCGCACUAAGAAAAGUUCUAAAGUUAUUACCGUUUCGUUCGCUAACUGCUCAAACGAUCGGUAUUUUAGCAAGGCCCUCUGAAUAUAACUUUUUCGAAAAUAUUUUGUCUCUGAUCUUUCUAUAACCACUUUAUAAACAAUUAAUACUAUGAUGAGAGCAUGUAUAUCAUUUUAAAGAACUCAUCCUCAAUGCUUCUCGUGUUAACUUUACGUUUCACAGGUUACAAGAUAACCCUUAAAUGCAUCAUCUAUUUUUAACCCCCGACGCAAAAACGACGGGGUGGUAUAAGUUUGACGUGUCUGUCUGUCUGUCUGUGGCAUCGUAGCUCCCGAACGGAUGAACCGAUUUUGAU